CUGCUUAUCUUCAUUGCAUCUAUAGUCGUGGCCGUCUUUACACUCAUUGCGGCUGGCUCACCGAACGGCGACUUCUUUGAGGGAAUCGCCGUGGAUUUCGGCACAUCUUACUACGCACUGACCGUCAGCUUGAACAUAAUCGUCACCAUUCUCAUCUGUGCACGCAUGCUCUACAUGUCCAAAGGAGUCAGUGCCGUACUCGGGCCGGAAAACUCCAAGUUGUACACCGGCCUGACGGCCAUCUUCGUCGAAUCUGCGGCCCUAUACAGCCUAGCAGGGAUUAUGUUCAUAAUACCUUACGCUCGGAAUAGCCAGACGGCGAUCAUUUUCGGAGACAUCUAUGGGGACGUGUCAUGCCUAGCGCCAAUGUUGAUCGUAUAUCGCAUCAUUACCAGGAGAGCCUGGGGAAAGGACACCGUCGACAUGGCCGUUUCUUCGGUGUUAUUUGCACAGGGCACCACUUCAACGAGGCAGGAGACGGAGAGUCGGGAAUGA